AUGGUGGGAAUCAAGACCGUCCGCGAAUCCAAUAGCAAAGGAAAGCAGCUCGAAGGCCUAGUCGCGGUCUUUGUGGGUGGCACUGGGGGCAUUGGCGAGAGCACGGCAAAGGAGUUUUUCCUGCGGACCACCAAACCACGGGCGUAUAUCGUGGGGAGAAGCGCAGAACGAGGCAACAAAAUCGUCCGCCAACUCAACCAGUCCAACCCGGGCGGCGCCGCCUUCUUCAUCCAGAAAGAUGUCUCCGUCCUCCGCAACGUCGACGAGCUCUGCGUCGAACUCAAGCAGCGCGAGCGCAAAAUCAACUCCCUCGUCCUCACCGCCGGCUACAUGACCCUCCGCGGCCGCACGGAGACCGAAGAGGGCAUCGACCAGAAAAUGAGCGUCAACUACUACUCCCGCAUCCGCUGCAUCCUGAACCUGAUGCCCAUGCUUGAGAAUGCCUCGAACGCCGGCGAGCUCUCCCGCGUCAUCACCGUUCUCGCCGCUGGGUCGGAAGGCGAAGUGCGCUUGACCGAUCUCGAACUCAAGCAAAACUUCACCCUCCACGCCUGCCUCGCGCACUGCGUGGUAAUGACCGACUUCACAAUCGAAGAGCUCUCCCGCCGCUACCCCGGCACAGCCUUCUCGCACUCCUACCCGGGCACCGUGAAAACCGGCAUCGCGAACCAACUCUCCGGCCCCGUCCGCCUGGCGGUCAAGGUAAUGUACGCCGUCAUGUCCCCCUGGAUCCUCGACGUGCAAGAAUCCGGCGAACGCCACUUCUUCCAGAUGACGUCGAAAUGCUACCCCGCUGCUCGCGGUGGGGUGGGGAUCGAAGUGCCGGACGGCAUGUCCGUGUUCAAAGGCAUGGACGGCGUUGUCGGCGGCGGGGCGUACCUGCUUGACUGGGACGGCAAGACGUGUGGGGAUGAGAGCGUGCUGUCGAAGUACCGGGCGUUGGAUAUGGGGCCGCAGGUGUGGGAGCACACGAUGAAAGUUUUCGCGCGCGCAGAGCAGCAUAUGCGGAAGGACUCGAAGAGGCCGGCGACGGAGGAUGCGGAGGGGAGUGCGAGGCCGAUACCGAAUCCUAUCGGGUGGCGGGCAGCAUGA